UGAAGACACAUCAUCAAACCAAGAUGGCUGCUUCCAGCUCUCUGUUUACAUCGUGGUUUACAUAUCCACGUGCGAAAUUGUGCAUCUCAUAAUUAAUUCAUCAAUCUCAGAUAAACUACAAUGAUAUACUAAGAUACGUUCUACCUCGAGGUAUUAUUUCACCAACCGGUGAUUAAAACCCCAAAAACCAGCCCCUGAGGUACAUUUUAUCUCUCCAUCAUGCUGUCUGCGAAUGGCGUUAAAUCAAUCAUUUCGUUGAAAACUUACGUGGGUAACACGUACUGUCACCUGAGAACCUCUCGCACCAGGUACAAGCACCUGGUGCAGACCUUCGCUUAUUCCACCAGGUGCGACGCGAAGGAGGAUGCUGCUCCAUCGCACGUGGAUCCCAAGGUCGCAGCACUGCGAGAGAAAUUAAUUUACUGCGACUAUUUGGAUCGUUAUAAGGUGACGAUGGGCUACAUGAAGCGUUUCAUAACAAAGAAGAAGCGCGAGUUCGCUCAAAAUCAAGAACGAGCCAGCAGGCUCCUCAACGUUCCUGUCUACAGUGUUCUUCUGAACAGAGGAGACAACGAGGGCGACGAUAGUCGUUUGCAGGAACCACAGCCAUCCACGAAGUCUGUUAAACCUGUGCACAUGCCAUAUGCUAGUACGGAUGAGUACAGCAGCUUGAAUUCAACAGCGUCGUCGAGCGACCUGGACGAGAGUGACUUCCACGAAGGCGCGAUUCCCUUGAACGACAAGUAUAAGGCUCUAUAUGAUAAAUACUUGAAGGAGAGGACAAAGGCCUCGGACGAAGGGCAACAGCUCAACCUGAAGGACUAUUUGGAGGAAAAGGAUCCCUCGUACAAGACAGAUCUGUCUAAUGUUCCACCUAACUGGAUGGUUGAUGUCGAGCAGUAUGAUGAUACUAUGCAAGACGACAUGUGGCUCAGCAAUUAUGGCACUCCGGAUCCGAACUCCAGCAUCAGCUCUGUCCCCUGUGGUGGAUGCGGUGCUCUGUUACAUUGCAAGGAUCACGCUCUACCAGGUUACAUGCCCUCGGAGCUGUUUCUAGGAAAAAAGAGACAACUGCAGACCAUGAUCUGUCAGAGGUGCCACUUCAUGAAGUAUUAUAAUACCACGUUGGAAGUGAAGGUAUCAGCGGAGGAAUAUCCGGAACUUUUAAAGGUAAUAAAGAGAAAGAAGUGCGCCGUCAUCAUGAUGGUAGAUCUUACGGAUUUUCCGUGUAGCAUCUGGCCAGAGAUAAGUAGCGUGCUGCAUUCUGCGACGCCGGUAUUCGUAGUGGGAAAUAAGAUCGACCUGCUACCUCAGGACUCGCGAAACUUCUUCGAUCACGUCAAGACGUGCCUGUUGAAGGCUGUGGAAAGUACUGGAAUCAGGAAGGACAGAAUCAGACACGUAGCACUUAUAUCUGCGAAAACUGGCUACGGCAUAGAGGAACUGAUAAAUAAGUUACAUAAUCUGUGGGAGUAUAAGGGAGACGUUUAUGUGAUUGGAUGCACAAAUGUGGGCAAGUCUUCCCUGUUUAAUGCGUUGCUGCAGUCCGAUUAUUGCAAGGUGAAGGCUGUGGAUCUUAUACAACGCGCGACCAUCUCUCCCUGGCCGGGUACAACCUUGAACCUGCUGAAAUUUCCCAUUUUAAAUCCCCUCAAGUGGAGGCUUUAUAUGAGAACGAUGCGGCUGCGAAAUGAAAAACUGUACAACAUAAAUCAAGAGAAAUUAAGGAACAAUAUGUUCAAAACGACGCAUAAUUUAAAACAUGCUACAUUGCAAAGUCACAUUGGUAGAACAUUUCAAAUGAAAUUCCAAAUUAAACAAAACGAUGUGUUCUUGGAAGAAUCAGGCAGGAAUCACAUGCAGUUCGGCUUCGACGAAACUAAGGAGGAGUAUAAGUACAGCCGCUGGUGUUACGACACUCCCGGUACCAUUCAACCAGACCAGAUAUUAGAUCUGCUAACAACACCGGAACUCUUGUCAGUUUUGCCGACGAAAAUAAUCUCGCCUCGAACAUUUAUUCUGCAAACAAAUCAGACUAUAUUUUUGGGUGGAAUCGGCAGACUGGAUUACUUGGAAGGCGAUAGUUUCAUCAGGUGUACGAUAUUCUCGAGCAGAGAAUUGCCGAUUACUAUGACCAAUACUGCGGAUGCAGACAAUUUAUACAACGAGUUACUCAAAACGGAAGCGUUUGUCGUACCGGAGAACAAUCCGGACCGAUUGAAACAUUGGCCCGCAUUAGGAUCCAAGGAUAUGGAGGUCACUGGUAUCGGAAAGAACGAAUCAGUCGCCGAUGUUGUUUUAUCCAGCGCGGGAUGGAUCGCGAUCGCUGGUGGAGAAGACGAACGCGUCUCAUUGAGAGCCUGGACCCCCCAGGGACGCGGUUUACACCUUAGAACGCCGGCUCUUUUGAGGAAAUCCGUGGCUCUUCGUGGCGUCCGAGUUACAGAUGCACCGACAUACAGAGACGGACGUCAAGCGUACAAACCAUGAAGGAAAAGGAAUAGUUUUUAUAGCUUAUUUUGUACAUACAUAUAUAUUUCAAAUUCCUCGCAUCUUUUUCACUUUUUUCACAUGAUAACUGAUACUUCGAUAAAGAGAACACAGUGUGUAUUGUAUCUCUAUUACAUCUUGGAAAAAAAUGUGAAUCACAUUUGAACACUUUACCAACUUAUACACACAGCUUACAUCAGUUAAUUAUUUUAAUUAAUCACAACUAGUCUUCUCCCGGCGAGAUUCUUUCGUCGAACAUCGUGUAUAUAAAACGUUGACGAUAGACAAUGUUUUAAAAAAGUGUAUAAUACAAAAAUUUGUAGAAAAAAUUUAAACGACAACAAUUUCAACAGUCGA